AAAAUCUAUAAAAAUAAAAUCGCAUUUCCUUUCCAUUAAAGGGAAGAGGACGAAGACGACCCCGUCAUUAUAUAAUAGAGAGAGGCUGGCUUCAGAAUCCAUCAGAGGCAACCCCACUGAGAGUCUUCUCGGCGUUUCUUUUGCUGAGGGGUGACUUUGCUGCCUCAGCUUGCCGCGACUCGGAAGUUCAAUUUGCUGAAAUGACGAAAGAAGGCUCAGAUGUUGAUUCCAAUGGGAGAAGGCAAGGACUCCUGAAAGAUCAGGUUAGACUAGUCAAGAGAAAGGACUGCGAUCGAUUUGAGAUUGUCCCAAUCCAAGACCGUCUGUCUUUUGAGAAGGGAUUCUUUGCGGUUAUUCGUGCGGGCCAAUUGCUCGUCCAGAAGAACGAUGGAAUAAUAUUGAUAGGGGUAGCUGGCCCAUCUGGUGCGGGGAAGACUGUUUUCACUGAAAAGAUCUUGAAUUUUAUGCCGAGCAUAGCUGUCAUAUCAAUGGAUAAUUACAACGAUGCUUCCAGGAUAGUGGAUGGCAACUUUGAUGAUCCACGAUUGACGGAUUAUGACGCACUGCUGAGGAAUGUCCAGGACUUGAAGGAAGGGAAACCGAUUGAAGUACCUAUCUAUGACUUCAAGACUAGUUCCCGUAUUGGUUAUAGGAGACUUGAAGUCCCAAGUUCCCGGAUUGUUAUUAUCGAGGGAAUCUAUGCAUUGAGCGAGAAGUUGCGACCUUUGCUGGACCUUCAUGUAUCUGUCACUGGCGGAGUCCACUUUGACCUGGUGAAACGGGUCUUGAGGGAUAUACAGAGAGCUGGACAAGAACCCCAAGAGAUAAUACAUCAAAUAUCUGAAACGGUGUAUCCAAUGUACAAAGCCUUCAUCGAGCCUGAUCUUCAGACUGCCCAUAUAAAAAUAAUCAACAAGUUCAACCCCUUCACAGGAUUCCAGAGUCCUACUUACAUCCUCAAGUCAGCGAAAGAUGUAAAUGUGGAUCAGAUAAAGGCUGCUCUUGGUGAAGAGCAUUCUGAAACAACGGAAGAAACUUAUGACAUAUAUCUUUUACCCCCGGGUGAAGAUUCCGAGUCCUGUCAGUCGUACUUAAGAAUGAGGAAUAAAGAUGGGAAAUACAGUCUCAUGUUUGAGGAAUGGGUGACGGACAACCCAUUUGUGAUAUCCCCAAGAAUAACAUUUGAAGUCAGUGUACGCCUUCUCGGUGGAUUAAUGGCCUUAGGAUACACCAUAUUCACUAUCCUGAAGAGAAAGAGCCAUGUAUUCUCUGAUGAUAGGGUCUGCGUCAAAAUCGAUUGGCUGACGCAGCUGAAUCGUCAGUAUGUUCAGGUGCAAGGAAGAGACCGUCUAGUUGUGAGGGGUGUUGCCCAAAUGCUGGGAUUGGAGGGCUCGUACAUCCCGCGGACGUAUAUCGAACAAAUACAGCUGGAAAAGCUCAUAAAUGAGACCAUGGCUUUACCUGAUGAUCUGAAGACAAAACUAAGCCUAGAUGAGGACCAAGUUGGUGCAAGUUCUAAAGAUGGAGUUUCAAGAGCUUCUGCUGACAGGGCACCCCUGAGAAUUAAGAAUAUGAAAAGUGGUAUGUCGCACUCAUAUUCGAGUCAGAGGGAGAAUAAUUACUCAAAGGUUGCUGUCUUCAGUACCAAUGCAAGGUACGAAGAUCGUAUGGAAUCAGCUACUCCAGCAAACCAGGUCGAGAUUUCCCAGCUUUCAGAACAAAUCUCUUCACUAAAUGAAAGAAUGGACGAGUUCACAACUCGUAUAGAAGAGUUGAACUCCAAGCUAACCAUCAAGAAAAAUGUCUCAAGCCAGCAAAACAUCGCUCUUCAUGCUGAGUCAUGCGACGGCUCUGCUCCAACUGCUUACUUCAUCAACAGUUUAGGUAAUGGUUCGCUAACUGGUUCCAUGAUGCACAGCUCCUCCUCUUCCUCCCAACUCGCCAAGGAGUCUCCUUAUAUGCUAGAGAUAUCAGUAAUAGCAAAAGGACAGCGGCAGAUACUACAUCAGCUGGACAAUCUGAGCAGUCUUCUCCGUGAGACCUAUGGGAGGGCCCCGAAAGCGAGAACCAACCGUACAACUGUGAAGUUUGAUGCAGAGAAGAUCAAGGCUCCCCUUGUUCUUUCACUGGUAGUUGGUGGUCUCGGGAUCAUCUUGCUGAAGGGUCUUUUAACACGAAACUAAUUCCUCCAUUCAUUUCAGUUUAGGAUAUUUCUGAAUUCCUAGUUAACAACCAGUUUCACCCUUCCAUGCGGGAAAAAUAGAUGGUCAAUAAAAUUUAGGAGCCAUCUGAAGUUUUCUGGUCAUUGAGCAUUGUAAAGUCGGGAGGGCUAUGCUGAGAGUUCCCUGUACUUCUGUGACUAUCUGCCGCUGUCGUGUUAUUGACAGCUGGCUAUUCGAUGAAGUUCAUGGAAUGAAAAUCGAAAUGGCACAUCAUAAGUUUAUUGGUUA